AUGCUCAUAAUUUUUAAUUUUGAAGUUGAUUAAUUUUUAAUUCAAAUAAAAGAGACUUUAUUAUUUUUAAGCAAUCUCUUUUAGUAGUAGUUUUAUAGGUUAUUAAUAAAUAUGUUAAUAUUGAUUACAUUUUUAACUCAAAGAAAUUAAGAAGGAGAAGCUUAUUGUUUUAAUAUUAUAAAUUUUUAACAAAUAUUAUCUGUUUAGUUAUUUCUUUUCUUCAUUAAUUCUCAUUUAAUUUAUCAUUUUGUUAGAAUUUUAUUUAAAAUUAUUAAAACUCAAUCAUUCAUUUAUAGCUAUAAAGUCUUAUAGGUAUCUUGCAUUGUAUUGAGAAGGUUAUUUACACUUAGAAAUUUUUUAAGUUAUUUUUUAGCGACAAUAAGGGCAUUUUAAUCCUAUUGA